GUGGAGUUUUAAGUGUUAAAUGAAUGACACAAUUAUUUGAAGAGUAAAUAUAUUAGCAUUUAAUUUGAUUUGAACUUUGAUUAGAUUGUUGUGCAAUGAGUGCCGAAACCAUCGUCAGAGACAUCUUCGGCGACAGCGAUGACAGCGAAGACGAGUUUGAGGGUUUUGAGGGCAAGAAAUCAACGGCUGAUAAAAGACAAGACGAUUCCGAUAAUGAAAAGGACUCGCAAUCAGAUGGCGAUGAAGACAAUGGUGUCGACCGAAGACGUGAUGACGAAGCCGUCAAGUCUGACAACGAAGACAAUGACGACAGUGAAGACCGAGACGGGAGUCAAACAAAAGACAAUAACGAAGAUAAUGUUGACGAGAGAAAUGAUUCACAAGAAGUGGUUCCCGAUGUGUCAUCCGAUGACGAGUCAGACGGCGAACGCAAACCCAAAGGAGAUGAGUUGGUCUAUGAUUUCGAUAUAAUGCUUCAGAGGAAGAGGGAAGAGAAUUAUAGGCGACGGAAGAGGAAGAAUAUUGACAUAAUUAAUGAUAACGACGACGUGAUCGCAGAAAUGAUUCAACAGAUGAAACAGGCGGCAGAUGAUGACUUUGAGUUAAAUAAGAACCGAAUGACUGCCACCAGAAAACUAAAGAUGUUAUCAUUAGUUGUGACUCAACUCCGGAAACUAGAUUUACGCGAAGCCUUCUUAGACGCCGGCGUUCUCGGAGUGAUCACCGAUUGGUUGACUAGACUUCCAGACGGGAGUCUUCCGCACCUCCAGAUUCGGGACAAUAUGUUGAAAAUAUUAGUAGAAUUCAAUAUCGAUGACGUCGAACGGAUCAAAGCGAGUGGUAUUGGAAAAGCUGUGAUGUAUUUGUUUAAACACCCGAAGGAGACGAAAGACAACAGAAGGAUAGCGUCGCAACUGAUAGCGAGUUGGUCGCGACCCAUCUUCAACCUCGACACUGACUUCCAUUCCAUCAGCAAAGACGAGAGGGAGAAGCGAGACGUCGAACACAUGAACAAAACAAAGAGAAUCCGUUCCGAUUCCACUGAAGGCGAGAGUCCGGCGCCCACUCCUACCAAACAAAAGCCGGCCGAAGAAAAAAAUCUGAUCAAACCUGGAGAGAAAGGUUGGGUGCCUCGCGCUCGCGUCCCAAUGCCCUCCAUGAGAGACUAUGUGGUGCGACCCAAGUCUUCAGGGGAUAUCGAUCUCAAUAGGAGUUCUUCGAGUCAGAAGAGAAUGAGUGACAAUCGAAUCGAUAAACAUCUGAAAAAUUUUAGGGAAAAACAAAAGGCAUCGAAAGCUCAAAGAGCGGUUCCCAUCAGUAUUGAAGGCAGAAAAAUGGCACUUUAG